GCAGGGCCAGCCUGAGGGAGCCGGAGCCGGAGACAAGUGCUAGCGGCACCGACCCCCCGGGGAAGCUGCCACCUGCGGCGACAUGUGGUCGUGGUCGUGGCCCCGGGCCGGGCUGUUGACGGCUGCCGCGUUGUUGGCCCUGGCAAGCGGGCAGAUCCCCAGCCUGUGCUCGGGCCCCGAGCAGCUGUGGAGCCGCCGCUGCUGCCCGGCGUGGUGGGCCGACGGCUCGGCCUGCGGCAACGUGUCGGGCCGGGGCUGGUGCCGGCGGCUGGAGCGGGCGGGAGAGCGGCGGGCAGCCGCAGGGAGCUGGGGCGGCGGUGCCGACUUUCGCCUGGGCUGGCCGGGCUACUUCUACGAGGAGGUGUGCGAGUGUAGGCCGCGUUACCAUGGCAGUGACUGCGGGGAGUGCGCGGCGGGCUGGGCCGGGCCCGGUUGCCGGCGGCCGCACCUGGUGAAGCGGCUCAACCUGUGGGACAUGCCCGAGGCCCAGCGGGACCGCUUCCUCGACCGCCUGCUGCAGGCCAAGCGCACCGACAGCCCGCGGUACCUGAUCUACGGCAGCGCCAGCCCCAGGCCCGGCUCCCCGCUGCGCCUCCGCCGCGCCAGCCUCUACGACGUGUUCGCCUGGGCCCACUACGUGUGCGUCAAGCACCGCGGCGACGGGCAGCCCGGCUCCUUCGCCCACCGUGGGCCCGCCUUCCCCUGCUGGCACCGCGCCUACCUCCUCUUCUUCGAGCGGGAGAUGCGAAACCUGACCGGCGACCCCGACUUCUUCGUGCCCUACUGGAGCUGGGCCGGGCAGCCCGCCUGCGACGUCUGCAUUGACACCAUCUUCGGCUCCAGCAACGCCAGCGGCCUCCUCAACCAGGCGUCGCGCUUCCAGCAAUGGCCGACAUUCUGUUUGGAAGAGAGCACCCACGAGCUGGACUUUGAGCUGGUUUGCCCGCCGGGUCCCAAGCGUCUCAUCCGCCGCACGCCGUCCGUGAGCGGCGAUUUGCCCAGCCUACAGGACGUGCGCUCGAGCCUUCUGCUGCCCAUCUAUGACACGCACCCCUACAACGAGAGCGCCCUGGGAUCCUUCCGCAACACGUUGGAAGGGUUCCUGCUGCCUAGUGACCCCCAGACCCUCUACCCCAGCAUGCACAAUAUGGUUCAUUAUUUCUGCGGUGGGACAAUGUCAAAUGCAGCUUAUUCGGCCAACGACCCUCUCUUCCUAUCUCAUCACGCCUACAUCGACAAGAUCUUUGAGAUGUGGCUUCGUUCCCACCCAGGAAACUCCAUUUAUCCGCGGGAUCCUUCCAUCCCACAUGGCCACCGUGCCGAUGACACAAUGCCACCUUUUAUCCCAGUGGUGGCCAACCAAGACUUCAUGAAGAGCUCGCUGGAGUUCGGCUACACUUACUCGGAAAUGACCAACUGAGCUGACUGCCCUGUUCUUUGCACUCCUGCCCAAGUGGGAUGCGGGCAUGUGAAGAGUGAAACUAACAGCUGCCAAUCUCCUGCUUCUCUUCUUUGCCCCCCUCUCCCCCCACGACAGAGUUACCUUCAGCACCUGCGACCUAACCACAGCAAGAUUUUCAAGAUGAGCCCCGAGUUACCCCACUUAGAAAUAUGACAAAAUUGCUGGAGAAACUCAGCGGGUGAGGCAGCAUCUAUGGAGGGAAGGAAUAGGCGACGUUUCGGGUUGAGACCUGAAGAAAGGUCUUGACCCAAAACAUCGCCUAUUUCUUCGCUCCAUAGAUGCUGCCUCACCCGCCGAGGUCCACCAGCAUUUUUGUCUACCUUCGAUUUUUCCAGCAUCUGCUGUCCUUUCUUAACCACUUAGAAAUAUGUUCAGCCACCAAGAUAGUUUAGUUUGGAGAUACAGCGUGGAAACAGGCCCUUCUUACCACCGAGUCCACACCGACCGGUUACAAUUUUACUAAACCAAUUAACCUGCAAGACUGUACGUCUUUGGACUAUGGAUGAAAACCCACGCGGUCACAGGGGGGACGUACAAACUCUGUACAGACAGCAUCUGUAGUCAGGAUUGAACCCGGAUCGCUGGCGCUACAAGGCAGCAAGUCUGCCGCUGCGCCACCGUGCUGGAUUGAAAAAUUCAGCAAGGAAACAUGCCCCUUCGUCCCACUAAAGUCCACGCCGACCAACAAUUACCCAUUCACACUAGUUCUAUGUUAUACCACUUUCUCAUCCAUUCCCUGCACACCAGGGGCAAUUUACAGAGGUCAAUUAACCGAUAAACCCGCCCUUCUUUGGUUUGUGGGAGGAAACCCACACCGUCACAGGGAGACCAUGCAAACUCCACACAGACAGCAACUAAUUCAACAUCAUGGUGUCAAAGUAAUAGGGGGGUCCCCUCCCUAUAAGGGCUGUACUAGUACUUGGAAACACAAUUCAACAAGACAAUGCACGAGCCCUUUUCUUGAAUAAAUAUGAGGGAUUUGAGAUCCAAGGACAGUUUUCAGUACAGAGAUGGCUGAGGAGAUUCAAUUCUAACACACCUAAUUGGCCUCAUUCAGAAUUACCUGACAGUUUACUUCACAAUGCUUUGCGUGGAACUAAACAAGAGGUUUGGGGACCAGAGCAGUUUGCUAUUAUGGAAAUGGGGUUGAAUCUAAAUUGUACACAUGCAAUGUAAUUUCUCUGGCACACUCCUUGUCAUGUGUUUCACUGCUUAUAUAUUAAAGGCAUUACUCUGA